AUGUAUUCAUCAACCGAUUCUAUAGGCGGGGGUACCGGUCUGAUUGGGAAAGCGUUGUCUGCAAAGUUAACCUCCAUGAACAUAAAUAUUCGUAUUAUAUCCCGGUGCCCUAGAGGAAAAGGCGAUUUGUCUUGGAAAACGAUUGAAACAUGCGGUCUACCAGAGGAUACGCACGUUUUAGUCAAUCUGGCUGGACGCACUAUUGGUGAAAUCAACCCAAUGUUACUUUUUCCCAAGUUUGUUGUAAUAGUGGAGCUUUUACGCUUCUACAAACCUGACAUGGAUCGUUGCUAUACGGAAGAUGACCCUUAUGUCGACUACGACUUCAUAACCCGUCUGGUGCACGAAUGGGAAUCUUCUUGUGCUGGACCCAAACUCAGUGGUGUUCAAUGUGUAUUGCUUCGGACCGGCGUUGUUCUUUCAAAAAACGGAGGCGCUUUGUCGAGCAUGUACUGGCCACAUCGUCUUGGUCUCGGUGGUCCUGUUGGGAAUGGACGUCAGUGGUUCUCAUGGAUUCACAUCGAUGACCUCGUUAAUCUCGUUUGCUUUCUCAUUACGGACCCUUCUUCUGAAUCACUCACAGGCCCAAUAAAUGCGACAUCCCCGAAUCCAGUUCGCCAAUACGCAUUUUCACGAGCCCUUAGUGAAUCUGUAGGAGCUCCACCGUUAGGGGGACGGCUUCCGACACCACCAUUCGUCAUACGGGCGAUGAUGGGCCGAGAACGGGCGCCCUUGCUCCUCGAAGGACAACGCGUGUUGCCUGUCAAAGCACAGGCUGCGGGCUUCAAGUUUGCUUUUCCCACUUUAGAGGCAGCCUUGGAGAAUAUCUACGGCAAACGGCCUGGACCUGUACCUAUUGACUAA